GCCCCAGCCAUGCCCCUGCGGCUCACCCCCCACGGCUGACUUUUGUUACCCCUCUAGUGCCCGGGGCUGAACUGAGGAAGCGAUGAAAUUUCCAAUCGAGACUCCAAGAAAACAGGUGAACUGGGAUCCUCAAGUGGCUGUUCCCUCACCAGUGCCAGCUUGUGAACCCAAGCCCAAAACUAACGGGCAUUACCCAGCUCCACGACUCUCCAUUUCCUCCCGAGCCACUGUUGUUGCUACCAUGGAAGCUCCUUCUCAAGGCCUACAGACAGUCAUGAAGUGGAAAACAGUGGUGGCCAUCUUUGUCGUGGUGGUAGUUUACCUGGUGACGGGAGGACUCGUCUUCCGUGCCCUGGAGCAGCCCUUUGAAAGCAGGCAGAAGAACACCAUCGCCCUAGAGAAGGCUGACUUUCUUCGGGAGCACGUUUGUGUAACCCAACUAGAGCUGGAAACACUGAUUCAGCAUGCAAUUGAUGCUGAUAAUGCAGGAGUCAGUCCCAUAGGAAAUUCUUCUAACAACAGCAGUCAUUGGGACCUUGGAAGUGCCUUUUUCUUUGCUGGAACAGUCAUCACAACUAUAGGAUAUGGGAACAUUGCUCCAAGCACUGUUGGAGGCAAGGUUUUCUGCAUUUUGUAUGCCAUCUUUGGGAUUCCACUGUUUGGCUUCUUGCUGGCUGGGAUCGGAGACCAACUUGGAACCAUUUUUGGGAAGGGUAUCGCAAGGGUGGAAAAAGUUUUCAGAAAAAAGCAAGUGAGUCAAACAAAGAUCCGGGUGAUCUCUACCAUCCUCUUCAUCCUGGCAGGCUGCAUUGUCUUUGUGACCAUUCCUGCAGUUAUCUUCAAACACAUCGAGGGAUGGACAGCCUUGGAGUCCAUCUACUUUGUGGUUGUCACUCUGACUACUGUUGGCUUUGGUGACUUUGUGGCAGGAGGAAAUGCUGACAUCCAUUACCGGGAGUGGUAUAAACCCUUAGUGUGGUUCUGGAUCCUUGUUGGACUUGCCUAUUUUGCUGCUGUCCUGAGUAUGAUUGGAGACUGGUUAAGAGUCCUGUCCAAGAAGACAAAAGAAGAGGUCGGAGAAAUAAAAGCCCAUGCAGCUGAGUGGAAAGCGAACGUGACGGCCGAGUUCAGAGAGACGCGGCGGCGGCUCAGCGUGGAGAUCCACGACAAACUUCAGCGAGCAGCCACCAUCCGGAGCAUGGAGCGCAGGCGCCUGGGCCUGGACCAGCGAGCCCACUCCUUGGACAUGCUCUCUCCAGAGAAGCGCUCUGUCUUUACUGCCUUGGAAACAGGACGCUUCAAGGCCUCAUCUCAGGAAAGCAUCAACAACAGGCCUAACAACCUGCGCCUUAAAGGGUCAGAACAGCUCAACAAGCAUGGGCAGGGGGCAUCCGAGGACAACAUCAUUAACAAGUUUGGAUCGUCUGCUAAGAUGACCAAAAGGAAAAACAAAGACCUCAAAAAGACCAUCCCUGAGGAUGUGCGUAAAAUUUAUGAGACCUUCCGAAACUACUCCUUGGAUGAAGAAAAAAAGGAAGAGGAGACAGAGAAGAUGUGUAAUUCUGAGAACUCUUCUAGCACUGCAGUCCUGACCAGCUGCAUCCAGCAGCACUCAGACCUGGAGAAUGGAGUGAUCCCCAAUGAAACCAAAGAAAGGGAACAUGAAAACAAAGCAUUACUUGAAGACAGAAAUUAAAUGUAAAAGAUGCUUGACUUGAAUUAACAAUGUUAGUGUUUUUAUAUACAUAUAUAUAUUGAGACACGUGCCUUAUACAGACUCCUUAUUCAGUCUGAAUUAUAUAGCAUCGAAGAAUAUUUCACUGUGCCAUAAAGACUCAAGCUUGCUCUGCCAAAACAAUUCAGGAACACAGCACUGCAGAAUGGCAACAGAAAGCUACGCACAUGGAAAUUUCAGCCUGUAUAAGAUUACCAGGGGAAGACACAAAGGAAGAGACUGAACCAUGGCAAUAUCACCAGAGUGCUCCUCCUACCAUGGCAUAAUGUUAGACAAAGGGCAGUUGUAUAAGAAGAGAGUCUGAAAGGGAUGAAAAAGAGUGUAUCUUUGUAAUGGAGUAUGCAUUCUUAAAGCCUUUCCCUGGUGAUUAAAAAGAGGAGAAAUGAUUGGAGUGAAUUAGAAACUUUCAGUAAGGCUUAAUUUAUGUUUUGGCACGUGAUCCAAGCUAGAUCUUUUUUCUUUCUCCAUUUUUGAAUCAGAUGCAUUAUCUUUCUAAACUCCAAAAGAAUGUCCAUGGACACAGCCACCAGCUGGGUGCUGGUUUGAAAAAUCAACACAGACAUAUUUAAGGGUCGGAUUACUCUUUUCAUUAAAAAAAAAAAAAAAAAAAAAAGAAAAAAACUCUGUGGGUAUUUAUCUUAACUAGCGACAAAAAAAAAAAACAAAACAAAAGGAAAAGAAACAAAUGGAUUUUUUUAUCAUGUAGGAAAUAUUCAAUGUAAACUCACAGCAAGAAAGUACAUAUGAAGAAAAUACAACAUCUUGUGCUAUGUUGUUUAAAAGAAGAAUAACAUUAAUUUACUGGUAUUUGGCUAGGUGUAUAAAACAGUGGGCCAGCUGUUUUUUUAAAAGAAUUUCUCAUUCACACUUUCUACCACUGGAAAAAAACCUUCAGUUUUAAUGCUGUAAGACUAUGAAGACAGAAGGAAAGCUAUAGCUUUUGCAUGUCAGCAAAUUGCUGUUCUCUGUAGCUGAAUCUGAAAUUUUAAAAUAGGCAUAAGAGUAUAUAUGCUAUUCAAAUGAGGGCCAGGGCAACCAUAGAAUCUCAGGGCUCUCUACCCGUUUUGUUGGGUUUCGGUUUAAACAUGAGCUGCAGUCAUAAUCUCAGAAAAAAAAAAAGAAAAAAGAAAUUUAGGAAAAGAAGUUGAGAAAAAUAUGGUGGUAAUCUUUUAAGUGCUUAUAGCUUUAAGUGCCAUUAAUGCUGUCAUAUUUUGUAACUUUUUUAACAAGUAUUUUCAAUUAUUUGUUUUAUUUCCUUUCAGGUACUUUGUUUGACAUUUGCUAUCUCUUUUCUUGAUAAAAUCUAAACAUGAGCUCUUUGCAUUUCUAGACUAAAGUGAAAUGUAACUAAACUGUGGGCAUUUUUAAAAAAUCCUUUGUGGUGUCUGGACAUCUGGAUGUAAGAAAUACAAACGUCCCUUGACUUCACAGUAAAUAUUCAAAGAAAAGGCUGCAAAAUAAUGAGUGGGAAUUGCAAAACACACUAAAUUUUGGUAGCCUCAGCCUGUGAGCUACUGUGUUUGCCAUUGCAGAUAGAAGAUUUUGCAUGCUGGAAAUGAGAUACAUGAUUGCACCAGUGAUGCUUUCCCUGCGCCUUCACAAAGUCCUAAAUAUCCUGCAGUUCAAACCGUAGGCUUAAAGUAGGCAUGGAUGUAGAUAGCAGAGACAGGCCGAGUCUUACAAGGUAGUCAAACAUACAGACACUCGCAGGUCAUACAGACACAGACUUUUGGAAUUGCAUGCCCAUGUCUGCACACACAGAAAUGCACGCUUCAUUUUCUGGGAUAGUUUCUGAGAUUUUAUGCACAAUGAGCCAACUCAAAAUCUAACCGGUCACUUGAAUACAUGUUUGCCACGGCUGUGAACGGAAGCAUGGCAAUGGAAAUGCAAAUUUUGAGUAUGCAUAUUUGUAUAUCUAAUUGACUGCACAGUUUUUAGGAGUGAGCCCAAUACCACUAGUAGAGAGGAGGAAAGAAGUUCUUAGUAUGUUCUGUCUGCUGGUUCACUUCACUUGAAAUAUCAUAUCAUCUUUCUAAUUUUGUUAACUGCCUGAAAAUUAAGGAUGAAAAAACAAUGUUUGAAAAAUUUCAGGUCAUUUGGGAUUGCUUUAACUCAAUGAGAUCCAACAGAAAUUGAAUUCUGUUUAGUUCACCGGUGAAUUUCUUAAGGUGCAGGGCUGUGCUCUGGCUUUAGCUUACUGGAGGCAUGGCAGUAAGCCCAGCCCCCAGGAAAUUUCUCAUCUGACUCAAGAGCUGCCAUGGCUCCUGAAGGCUUUUGUGCCAUGCAGCGCUGUGCUUUUUUCAGUGAUGCAGACGGCAGCUUGUGUCCGUGCUCAGAGCCCGUCCUCAGGCUGCAGGCAGACACCAGCAGAAAGCAGGUUUGUUUGAGCAUGGGAGUCCUUGGACCCUCCUGCUGCCCCUCGUUUUGGGCAGGCCUGGGAUGAUGUCCAGCCUCUUGUGCCACACGUGAGCAAAUCUUUUGUAGUCUGACUCAGAAAUACGGUGGAUCUUGUUGUGAUAAUUCCAUAGGGCCAGGGUAGAUGAAGCAUACUUGGUAUACUAAGGUUUUACGUUGCUCAGAUCUGGGGAUUUACUGUGGCCUGGUGGGAAGUUAGGAGAUAAAGCUACAACCGAGAUUUACUUUUGAAUUCCAAACAAGGUUCAGAAGAGCUCAGACAUGCAAUUUGUCAAGGUAUUAAAACACUGCCUGGUUACACCAUCCUGCACUUUGCUUGUAUGAAGGAUCAGGCACAUGAAAGCAUCUCAUGUGACUCUGAAAGCAUGGAAUACAUACAGAUUAUGCUAACGCUUCUCCUUGGUUACCAGAUGCCAAAACCAACAUCAUGCAUGCAGUGUUAUUUGUUCUUCAACUGAGUUCUCGCAAGAAAUGCUUGCCUGUAAUGAAAAGCCUUGCACAGAUGCACAGGCAGCUGUAAGGAUAUGGGAGAUGCAUUUCCUGUAUGUGAAAUAUAAAUCUUAGUCACAGCCAGAGCAUUUCUGCUGACUGGGGUCAGGGAAAGCAAAAGUCUGUGUGAUCAAGGAGUUGGACAGUGUCAAAUCAUGGAAAACAAGUUAGCACGGACAAAGUGACUGAGGAGGCAAAAUUUGGUGACCAGAUUCAGAACUGGUUGCUCUGAUGGGAUAGAAGGACAAUGCAAUCUUGGCAUAUUCUUCACCUCUAAACUUUCAUCUCUAAACUUUUGUCUCAGUCUGUCCCCUGUCCAGAGUCUGGCUGGUGGUGUGUGUGUCCAGUUUCUGCCCGGCCAGGCCGUGCAGAAGUCCCCAGCUGACAUCUUAUCAGCUGUGUCUCCAGCAACUGCUGGUUUGGGAUAUGACAGUUUCAGGGACAAUGGGUGAUGCUGAAUAAACUCCCACUGCGAUACUGAACAGAGCGUUUGAUGACCUUUUACAUGAAAGCAAAAUGCUCUUUUUCAUUCCCACUCAUUUCUGUGUCUGUGAAACUUGCUGAGAAAGCUGUGUCUGCUACUGGAGUAAAUAAUUUCUCCUAUAUGACUGCCUAUUAAAUACCUCAAUAUACAUAAUUUCUAUUAUAAUAUGGGAAGUACAAAUGCUGUAUUGCAUAGAGGGACAAACAGAAAUGUCUGGCAACUAAAAUAACGUUUUAAUGUCCUAAAUUGCUUCUCCCGUUUUUAAAGGCCAUCCCUUGGUUUUAGUUGUAUGCAACAGCUUGGGAGAGAAUCUUAAUUCAAACAUCAAGUGUUUUUAUGGCUAAAAUUCUCAUCCUUUAGCUUUUAAUAAUAUUUAUAAAAAACUUGUGAAGUUAUUUCUAGUGAGGCUGUUCCACCAUUAUUGAAAGUUUUAGCAAAAGGUAGUCUGAACCAUAUCCAAAACUCCUUGCUCUAAAUUACACACUUCACAGCAGCCUGAAAACAAAAAGUCAAACCAAAGGGUGACUUACUGACUUUAACUCUUAGAUCCUGCCCUGAGCAUAGCGUGACUUGACAUGGGAAUUAGGACCUGAAAGAACAAAGGAAACAUGGAUUUUCUGUAGCCACAGCCCUCACACAUAGAGGACAACUCAGCUUCUGUUUUCCUACAGCUUUCAGCUCUGCAUUCCCACUUUCUACUGUCUUGUACAGGAGUAUUCUGGCAUGCUCCUUUGGAGAUCCUCCUGAACCACUGACCAUCACUGAAGUUGUGCAGAUUUUGCAUGAGCAGAUUUGAAAAGGUUUGUAACUUCAUCCAUGUGACAGUCUAUGGAUUUCAUUAUUCUUUAAUAGGGAAAAUUAUUUCUAAUAAGUGUUAUUAGAAAUAAUAGUAAAUAAA